AUAUAAGGAAGCACGUACUAAAAAUAUAGACAACCAUCAAAGUCAUUUUCAACCUACUCUUCAAUUUCAACUUCAAAAGUCUCCUUUUUAUCUAUAAUAAUACACAGGAAAACGAACUGAUCGAAGUAGCUGGUAAAACUAAAACCUGCAAAUUUAAGAUCUCUCAAGAAGAAACAGAGAGUUUGACCAUGGAUUUCAUAGCCCAACUGCAAAACCAAUUUGUAGCUUUCAUGAAUUCUCUGUAUCGUGAGGGCUUUUUGGAUGAGCAGUUUCUGCAGCUUCAGAAAUUGCAAGAUCAGAGCAACCCAGAUUUUGUACUUGAAGUUGUUUCACUUUUCUUUAAAGAUUCUGAGAUAUUGCUACACAAUAUGGCCAAUGCCCUUCAACAACAACUGGUAGAUUUCAAGCAGGUUGAUGCGCAUGUCCACCAGCUCAAAGGAAGCAGUUCCAGCAUAGGCGCACAAAGAGUAAAGAAUGCAUGUAUUUAUUUUGGAAAUUAUUGUGAGGAGAAGAGCCGUGAUGGAUAUACGAGAUGUCUCCAACAGCUGAACCGUGAAUAUAUACUUGUGAAAAAGAAGCUCCAAACCUUAAUAAAUCUUGAGAAACAGAUCGCAGCCGUCGGUGGCACGGUACCGGUUUUGUCAUGUAUGCGUUGACUCGAAUCCAGAGUUUCUAUGUCCUGUGAUAUUUGAUGGCAC